CUUCUCAGGGUUUAAGCAACACAGCGGCAGAGGAGACGGAUAAGGCAGAGAAAGAGAUGGCUUGGAGAAUAGGCGUUGCUCCCACUACAACAUCUCACUCGUCGUUCCCUUUCGUUUCUUCUUCUUCUUCUGGUAUUUUGGUCUUAGUGCCCUUGGCAUACAGUCGCCCUAGUGGUAUUGGAGUCGAAUGUUCAUAUUCAUAUCCUUCAUUGAGUAGAAAAGCACAAAGCAUACCACUUUCGCUUUCCUCUUCUACCAAGCACAUCUGCAAAGCGGCAGAAUACAAAUUUCCAGACCCAAUUCCCGAAUUCGCUAAUGCCGAGACAGAAAAAUUUAGGACCCAUCUCCGGAAGAAGCUCGAAAAGAAAGAUAUUUAUGGAGAUUCAGUUGAAGAAGUCCUACGAAUCUGCACUGAGAUAUUCAACGACUUUUUGCACACCCAUUACGGUGGUCCUGGUACUCUCUUGGUCUUACCUUUUAUUGAAAUGGCGGAUGCUGUAAAUGAACGGGGAUUGCCUGGAGGACCGCAGGCUGCACGGGCAGCGGUCAAAUGGGCUCAAAAAUAUGUUGACAAGGACUGGAAAGACUGGACUGGUGAUAGUGAUUAAGCAAAAUGCCUAUCAUGGGGGCUCAAUUUUAUCUCACUAGUAUUAUCCAUAUAGGUUCUUGCUUCUUAGACUUAUAAAAAAAAAAAAAAGGGUUCUUGCUUCUUAGUGCUGAUCUAGCAAUUUUGAUAAUAUUUUAAUUUCAUGUCUAGGAGUGGACAAGAUGACGAUUGAAAUUUGUGCAGAUUAUUCUGUAUUUACUGGACAUAGGAGAAAACUGAUCGAUUCACGGAAGCAGUUCAAUUUCCAGUGGAUAUGGUUUUAUCA